AUGAUUGCCUCUAAUCGUCUUCAUAGAGGAACGGAUCAACUUAAACGUCGUGUUAAUCCAUUAGUUAAUGUUAUGAAAUCUUCAUCAUAUAAUCAAUUUAAACGAAAUCAACAACCAGUAUUAUACGAACAACAAGAAGCUGAACCAGAUACAUUCUAUGUUCAAAUGAACAUUGAUUCAGAUGUAGAUGUAGAUGAAGAUGAACCAUUAGAAACUAAAUAUGUUGAUGUAAUUAUAGAUACAAAACGAAAUGUAAAUACAUAUUCAUAUAAUAGAAACGGAUAA